AUGAAUAAAACAGUAUCUUCUAUCAAUAAAAGCCAAUGCUUUUUGAAAAAUGUUAAAGUAUUUACAUUUGAUGCCUAUAAUACUCUGUAUUCUCCGACAUUACCUGUGAUGGAACAAUACUCGAUUGUAGGCAAAAAAUAUGGUAUAAAUGUAGAUUCUAAAGUAUUAACAAAAAAGUUUCAUAGUUGUUUUUCAGAGAUAAAUAAAGAAUAUCCCAGAUAUGGUAAGUAUAAGAAUAUAUCUGCUAGUGAUUGGUGGGGCAAACUAAUAAUUGAGUUAUUCAAACCUAAUACUGUUCCUGAUGAAAUGAUUAAUGAAAUACUUGUAAGAUUUGAAGGUAAAAUGGCAUAUACUGUUUAUGAUGAUAUAGUACGGUUUCUUACAUAUAUUAAACAGAAACAUCCUGAGAUUAUCAUAGGUAUAAUCAGUAAUACGGAUCCAAUAUGUAAGAUUCUUUUAGGAAACCUUGGUUUAUACAAGUUUUUUGACUCCGAAGAUAUUUAUCUUUCAUAUGAUCUAGAUAUAUCCAAACCAAAUCCUGAAAUAUUUAAUUAUUGUUUUAACGAUAUAUGUAGGAGAUAUCCUCAUUUAAAGAAAGUAGGAGUCCCUUGUGAUCAACUGAAAAAAUUAUUUUGGCAUAUUGGUGAUGAACCCAAAAAUGAUUUUGAAGGUUCUCAAUUAUCUGGAUGGAGUAGUAUUUUAAUUAACAGGUUUGAUUUACCUGGAAUAUCAGCCAACCCAAAAGUAACACUCAAUUAUAAAAAAAACCUGUCAACAAAUACAGACGCCUGGGUGUCAAGAAGUACUUUAACUGCCAGUAGCUCAAGUCAAAAGGGUGUAGAAAUGUCAUUUAUUACAGAUAAUCAAAUAGUUGUUUCAAAUUUGGAUGUGUUAACCGACUAUGUGCAAGCACAAGAAUCAUAA